GUAAAAAUCAGCGCAACAACCUCCCCGCCUAAGCAGACGGAGGAACACCGCGAUUCCGCGGCCAUCCCGAAAACUACCAAAUCAGCGUAGAAUUUGUACAAGGCAACAUCCAUCCCAGCCCGCCCAGCAUGCCAACAGCCGGCCUCAAGACCAUCAUCGCGCUCUCCUUCGUGCUGGCCGUCGGCUUCCUGCUCGUCAUCCUGUCGUGCGCGCUCUGGCACGCCUACUACCCGCUGCUGGUGGUCGCCACCUACGUGCUGGCGCCCGUGCCCAACUGGAUCUGCAGCCACUGCGCGAACCCGGACGACUUCGUCGAGAGCUCGGGCGCCGCCGUGCUGGACCUCGGCCGCUUCUGCACCGGCUUCUUGGUGGUUAUGGGUAUUGCGCUCCCUGUCCUGCUCGCACACUCGAAUAUCAUCUCGAUUCCGGCAAUGGUCAUGUCGGUCAUUGGCGGCCUGCUGAUCUACGGGACGAUUAUCAGUUUUGCCAUGUUCUUCCAGGAAGAGCAGGAGUUUUAGGUUGAGGGCAGAGGCAGAGUGACAGGCUGGUCCAAACGCUGGGAGGGUUUUUGGGCGAUGAGGGUGGGAAUGGAAAGGAGUGGCGCAUCUUUCAGGGCGGUAUUUUCUCGUGUCAGGCGUUUCACUUGACACGCCAAUCGGUACACCACAAGCGGGUAGAGACGGACGGUGGGUUUGGGCGGGUUAUUGCAUGAAGGCUUGGAGCGUUGGAAAGGGGCAGGCUUAACGGCAUGGAGAGACAUUUCAC